AUGGUUAUAAUCGGGAAACGUUUGUCAUUGCAGGAGCCCUCCUACACACCCUCUCGCUCUCUAGUGUUACAGAAGCCUUCCUCUCUCAACCAUCCUCUCACCCCUCCUCUCUCUCUUCAUCCCACCCCUCCUCUCACUUGUCCUCUCACCCUCCUCUCACCCCUCCUCUCACCCCUCCUCUCCCCUCCUCUCACCCCUCCUCCCACUGCUCCUCCCACCCAUCCUCCCACCCCUCCUCUCACCCUUCCUCUUACCCCUCCUCCCACCCCUCCUCUCACCACUCUUUCACCCUUCUCCCACCCCUCCUCACACCCUCUCUUCUCACCCACUCGCCUCUCCCAUUUGAUCCGUCCCUUUUUUUACCCCUUCCAUCUUGGCCUCUCUCCCCUCUCACUCCCUCCACUCGUGGGCCCCUCUUUCCCCCCGUUCAGCACAUCUCUCUUUCACGCAUCACCCUCUUCCGACCCUCCCUCCUCCUCACCCACAACGCACCCUACCCGUCACUUCUUUGACUCGCUGCAUGUCCUUCCGUCUUGCCCCCCUUCUCUUCACGCCCCCCUUUCAUUUCAGCGCAUCACCCUCGGCAGUGAGCGGUUUGAGAUUGCAGAGUCCCUCUUCAGACCCUCCCUCCUCACCCACAACUCACUUCUCUCACCGCCCUCAUACGAGGCCUCCCCAUUGGCCGGUCCCGACUCGGCCGGCAUUGUUCGGCAGCUUCUGAGUGUGGUGUUCGACGCAGCAGGGCUAGGAGGGGGUGGCGGGGGAGGGGGAGGAGGAGGAGGGGUAGGGGGAGGGAUGGGAGGGGUGGGCAGGGGAGGAGGGCUGGGGGGAGGAGGGAUGGGGGUGGAAGGGGGGAAGCAGCGGGCAGCUCUUGAGUCAAUUGCAGUGGUGGGGGGAGGGUCAUGCCUCAAGGGGUUGGUGGAUCGGUUUCAGAGUGACGUGCAGAUGGCAGUGUCUCCCUCCCUGCAGUCCACCGUUGUGCGGGUGAGUGGGAUGAGGGGAGGGGAGGGUGAGUGGGAUGAGGGGAGGGGAGGGUGA